UUGGAGGUCCGACCGUGCUCCUACAGCUGUGGGUGUGGGAGAGAAUGCCCACUUUGAGACCGGAUUUUGUGAUGGCCCGUAUGCAUACAGACAACACUCCAUGUGCAUUUAUGUGGACUGGCUCAUAUAUGAUAAACAGAGCGCCCAAACAUUAUGUUCGACAUUAUCGUGAACAACUAUCAUUACUCCAAAAUAGCCAGUUUAUAUGGAUGCCAUAUGUGGACCGUCAAUUGCCAGACUCCUGCCUCGAGGUAGACAACAGUUGGCGAUGUGUGACGUACAUGGUUUGUUGGGCUAUUGUCGAAGCACAUGAGCCUGAGCGCGUUGUGAGACAAUUUGGAGGCACUCCGUUCAUCCCGGAAUUGCGCGAUUGGGGUUUCAACGAAAGUCAUUUCAAAACAAAUCGUCGGGGAAGAGCUAAGACGAACUGGGCUACGCAAAACAGAGCUUACAUUCAACAUUGGGAUAGAAGGUCGGAGUUCGUCUCUAAUCAUUACAUGGAGCCUCUUGAAGACCACGUGCAGGUGAUGAGAACUCGCGCAUACAUGGAGUGGUAUUUUAAAAUAACCAUUACAUAUAUCACACCGCCGGGUAGGCUUCCAGAAGUAGGGAUGAACACUGUUGCAUCAUCAUCUACACUCCAAGCUGAGACAUUGGCUCGUGUAUUUGAAUUGUCGCGCGGUUUUGACCCAGAAGACGUUGUAGGAUUGUUGCAUCAGAUUAACAAUCUUGUUCUUAACUGCCUUACCGAGUGCGGCGAGAGCGAACGCACGGUCAUACCUUCUACACAGCGCACUGAUGUGGAUAUGUCCCGGGGUUUUCUCCGAAGAGCUCGCGGAAUUGGGCAAAGAGGUGUCCGAACAGGCGGACAUGGUUAUUAA